GUUGGCGCAGAUGAUAGUUCGGUUCUAGAUAAAAUCAUUGAUUCUUUAACUUGUAUUGCCGAUCCAAGUGAAUUUCUUCUAGAUAGAGAAACAAAUACGAUAUCACUCAAGGUCGGUAAAGAAGCCUAUGAAAGUGGCAACGAGAAGGGGUAUGACACAAAGAAGAAAAAUGUUAGCUUGAUUUAA